CACUACUUGGAGGCCGCGGCGCGAAGUUUACGGGACAGCUGCCCGGGCCAAGCCCGCUAUCUCCUCUGGGCCUACUCUGCGGCGCACGAUGACAAGAGCACUUUUGAAGAAGCAUGUCCAUAUUGUUUCCAGUUGUUAGUACUAGAUAACUCUCGAGUGCGCCUCAAACCCAAGGCCAAAUUGACACCCAGAGUACAGAAACUUCUUAAUCGUGAAGCUAGAAAUCAUACUCUCAGUUUUAAAGAAGCAAAAAUUGUGAAGAAGUACAGAGAGUCCAAAAAUGUAUUGUUGAUCACUUGUAAAACUUGCAACAGAACAGUUAAAUAUCCUGGUAAAAGUAGAAGCUUUCUGUCAGCAUUGGGAACUGAAAACUUGUAUGUGAAGGAUGUGUUCACUCAUGAAGAUUUCUUCAUAUUACAGCUUUUGGAGCCAUUGUCCAUACUUGAUGCUUUCCUUGUUCAUGCUUCCACACUGCUUGACUUUGCUUUUGGCAUCCUCACUGCCACCAAGGAGACGAAGUCCGUUUCAGCCUCUAUGUUGAAGAUGCUCCUGGAUUUAUAG